ACGUUAAGAUUGUCAAUAAUUCAAGAUAGGUGUAUUUUAUUUGUAGAAAAACCAUGGUUCCUGUGGUAGCACAUGGUUUUGUCCAAAUAUGGACCAGGAAGAAUGGGAUGCCUAAGCCGAAGGAAGCAAUUGUUGAAGCAGCGGGAAAAAAGAAGAAAACUAGAUUGGUGGUCUAUUUCGGUAAUGGAGAAAGCACAACUUUUGAACUAAAUAAUAAUAUUAAAAGUGUGAUCAUGAGAUCCUAUGGAGAAAAAGUGAAUCACCUGUAUUUAACUUUCCAAGAUAAUAGCUUCUUGUUUAUGGAAGGAACAUCCUCUACAGAUGUCAAAAAAUUGAAGGCAUUCCUGGAUAGAGUCCAUCAAGAUGAUCUUCCACCACCCAUAAGACCUCAUGUGGAUAGCAGUGCCUUUGCCAGCGCAACAGUACAGAAGACAGUUGAUGAGACUUCAUUUCAAAAAGUGGGUGAGAAGUCAGGUAGUCGGUCUUUUAGGAAAGAAAAAAAGCGUUCACCUUCAUCUUCAUCAGAAUCACCAACAUCUACCUAUGAACAGUUAUUAGAAGAUGGAUAUGGGAAGAGAAUGAAGAAGCCCUCAUUGGAUUCCCAAAAAGAGAGUAGCUCAGUGAGAAAGAGGAGAUCCAAGACACACCCAUUAAGAUAUGUAAGCCACAGUGAGAAGAAGGAACUGAAGUUAAAAGGGUUAAAACAGGAGACUAAAUUAGAUUUAGACUUUUUAUUUAAGACCAGUCCUUACCUACAUGGCACUAAUCUUUUCCCAAAACUAUCUGAGAAUAUAUAUUUCACAUUUCCGUCAGAAGCAAAGUAUGAUAAGAAUGACCCGCUUUCGGACAGACUCAAACUGACUCUUGACUACUACCCAGAGAAACUAUGGCAAGGCCUCCCCAAUUUGGGAAAUACCUGUUACAUGAAUGCAGUUAUACAGUCUUUAUUUUUGAUUCCAUCAUUUGCUGAUGACUUACUCAAUCGGAGUUUCCCAUGGUGUAAAAUUCCCCCUGAUGCACUUAGCAUGUGCUUGGCACAGCUGUUUGUCUUGAAAGAUAUUUAUAACGUAAAUAUCAAAAAGAGGUUACUUGAGAAUGUUAGAAAUACCAUUUCAGCAGUUGCAGAGAUAUUCUCUGGCAACAAGCAGAAUGAUGCCCAUGAGUUCUUAGGUCAUUGUUUAAAUCAGAUGAAAGAAAACAUGCAAAAAUUAAACACAGUUGGGAAGACUGAAGUUAAAUCUGAGAAAGAAAAUUUACCUCAACCGUUUUUGGUUGGCAGUGCAGCCAAGCAAGCCCUCUUUUGUCCUGUCGUCACUAAUUUCGAGUUUGAGUUGCUGUGCUCCAUUACUUGUAAAGCCUGUGGGCACGUUGUUUCUAAGACAGAAUUGAGCAAUUUCCUCUCCAUCAAUCUUCCCCAAGAACGGCAAGCACUUCCCUUUUCUAUUCAGUCUAGUUUUGAUCUUUUCUUUGGAACAGAAAAUCUUGAGUAUACAUGUGAACAGUGUAAACACAGGAAAUCUUCUAAAAUGUAUAAAUUCAGUAGGCUACCUAGGGUCUUUAUUGUUCAUCUGAAGCGCUAUAACUUUAUUGAGUUUCGGCCCUUAAAGAAGGAUGACCAUGAAGUCAUUAUUUCCAAAAAUUUAAAGAUAUCUUCCCAUUGCAAUGAAAAUACCAGACCACCAUUUCCUUUAAACAAGAAAACACAUCUUACGAAUCUCAAAGUUUUAAAAAUCUUUCGAAACAUAAAUUCUACAGCUAUCAGUAAGUUGCGAGCUUCAGCAAAGAUGACCUUGGAAUUCAUGGGUUCUUUGCCUUCACACAUUGUACCAGAUGAAGAGUCCGAACCACAAAAAGAUGAUGUUCAUCAUGAAGGUUCGAGAGAAGAAGAGAAACAAAAAGACCACGGAAAAUACUCUGUAGUAAAGAUACUAGAUUCCGCAUGGGCAGACUCAGAAGAUGCAGUAAUCAUUGCAAGAGAGCUGUUAGCUAUGGCCUUAAUGAUGAAUAUGGAAGAUGGCUCAUUUCCUCUGAGAGAUAUAACCAUCAGCAACCCAGAUAUAUGUCAGAAAGUGCCUGAAAAUCCAAAACUACUGGACGAGAGAAUCAAUAUCUUUGCAGAUUUUCAGGCUGUGGCUAAGACCACCAAAGAUAACGAUGAAAAAGCCAAAAUUUCAGAAGAACUUUCCUCAGUGGCUGAACAGACCCCAGAUGAAGAAAGGAUGAAAAUCUAUGAACAAGCCCUUUGGCUGGCACUGCUUCAAAGCUUUCCAAAGCCAAAGAUUCGAAAGCAAAAGUGCACAGAGAAACUCAGAUCAAAGGAAUCAGGCGUCCAUGGAACCAAGGUGAACUCCCCAGGUGCAUCGGGUCACAGAAAAAAGUCUGGAAAAAAGGGCUCUUUAAGUAGAGAGAAGAGAGAAACUGCAUCCAAGAAACCAAAAGGAGAAGCUGGGAUGGAAGAUCCUCAGGCCUACCGGCUCAUUGGUGUUCUCAGCCAUCUUGGGAAGAGCCUAAAUUCAGGCCAUUAUAUCUGCGAUGCCUUCGACUUUGUGAGGCAGGAGUGGUUCACUUUCAGUGAUUUGCAGGUGUCAAAUAUCGAAGAGGCCACAAUGCAAAAAGAUAGACUUUCCUCCGGGUAUGUUUUCUUUUACAUGCAUAAUGAGAUCUUUGAAGAGCUGUUGGAAAGGGAGAGCUCCCCACCUUAA